UCUUUUCUCUAAGAAAAUAUGAAGGAAUAUAUGACGCUAAACAUUGUUUGCUGUAAUGAAGCAACAGAGAGACUAUACUCUAACCAUGAGACAUUUCAUGAAGGCGAUUCUGGAAUUGAUCUUUUUUUUCCGGAAUGCGUUGUAGUUAAAAAAGGCGAAACGAAAUUGGUACCCUUGGGAAUUAAAGCAGCCGUUUUUGAUAAAAAUGGCGUAAAUUCAAGUUUUCUUUUAAUGCCAAGGUCAUCUAUAGUAAAAACGCCGUUACGGCUAGCCAAUUCAAUUGGAUUAAUCGAUGCCGGAUACCGCGGAGAAUUAAUGGUUGCGUUAGACAAUAUAAAAAAUGAAGAUUUUGUGAUCAAUGCAGGAACUAGAUUGGUUCAAGCUGUAUGUUUUAAUGGAAAACCUUUUCAUUUUAAAGUUGUCAAGGAAUUAAAUAACACAUCUCGUGGUCAAGCAGGAUUCGGUUCGACGAACGCACUGACAGUUACUAACUGAACAAGUGAUAUAUUUAAAAAGAAUGAUAAUAAUAUGCGCCGUGAUAAAGUAUUUUUAAAGACUAGUUUACUAAUAAUGGAAUGUAUGAAUAUCAGCUCUUUGAAUAAUAGAAGCCCCAUCGUUAUUUUUACUAAUUUGAUAAAAACUGUCGCAAGGUUGAUGUCUUGCUAGCAUUCUUACAAAUUCUUCAUCAUGUGUUAUAAGAAUAAGCUACAUGCACAAAUCAAGAUAGAAUUGGAAGAUCAAGUUGAGUACAUGAA